AUGAGCCUUGACGGUAAGGAGGGUCCUGCGCCCGACCAUCCUACAGAAAAAUCAAGUCGCACUUUGUCAAAUUUCCCUUCACCAUCAACUAGAUCCCCAUCUCACGCCAAUACCGUUUCCUGGUAUUCGGAUACGAGAAAGCUUCUGUCUGAGCCUGUGGUCGCAGCAUUCAUAGCCGGAGGAGUUGCUGGGGCCGUCUCUCGGACGAUUGUUUCACCUCUUGAGCGACUAAAGAUUCUCCUUCAAAUCCAAAAUGCAGGCAGAAACGACUAUAAGUUGUCAAUUUCGAAAGCUUUGGUCAAAAUGUGGAAGGAAGAAGGAUGGAGGGGCUUCAUGCGUGGGAAUGGAACCAACUGUAUUCGAAUUGUGCCCUACUCGGCUGUGCAGUUUGGGAGUUAUAGCAUUUACAAAAAGUUUGCAGAGCCGUACCCGGGGGGUGAUUUAAGCCCCUUGAGCCGACUGAUUUGUGGAGGUUUCGCGGGAAUUACCUCAGUCACUAUCACUUACCCCUUGGAUAUUGUACGAACACGUUUGUCUAUCCAAUCCGCCUCGUUUUCCGAACUUAAACAAGCCCCAAGCCAAAAGCUUCCCGGCAUGUUCCAAACUAUGCGCAUAAUGUACCAAACUGAAGGAGGAAUAAUUGCCCUUUAUCGUGGGAUUCUUCCGACUGUUGCUGGGGUGGCACCUUAUGUUGGAUUGAACUUUAUGACCUAUGAAUCGGUCCGGAAAUAUCUAACGCCCGAAGGAGACCUCAAUCCGAGCCCAUAUCGGAAGUUGUUAGCCGGAGCUAUUUCCGGUGCAGUAGCGCAAACAUGCACAUACCCAUUUGAUGUUCUUCGCCGGCGAUUUCAGAUCAAUACCAUGUCGGGCCUAGGUUAUCAAUACACAUCGAUUUGGGGUGCGGUCAAGGUUAUCGUAGCCCAAGAGGGGGUUCGAGGACUAUAUAAGGGAAUUGUACCCAACCUACUGAAAGUGGCACCGAGCAUGGCCAGCAGCUGGCUUAGCUUUGAAUUGACGCGAGAUCUUCUUGUCGGUUUUGGCGAUAAAGGUGUUUGA